AUGAACAGCCUGGUGGCCACACCUCCCAUGCCUCCUCACUUUUAUGAGCACUCUCGUCUCUCCCCUUCUCGCUCAAUGUCGACCCCCAGUCAUACCCCGACCUCUCGAAAACGGAAAGCCGAUGAUGAUGGCAACGACCACGAUGGACGCAUGUCGGCCUCUCCCACCAACUCUCCGGCCUUUACACCUCGUUCCCUCCCCGUCGCUCGCAAUGUAAAGCGAGCCCGACCGAACGUCUCGGGUCGUCCGCUGUCGCUCCCUCGCCUCCUCGAGACUCUAGACACUGAUGCCCUCCGAGGUGUCCUUCGCUCCAUGUGUGAACGUCACCCGGCUCUGGCGGAUGAGCUCGUCCACACCGCUCCCCGUCCCAACGUCAGUUCGGCUCUGCAGGUCCUGCGAAACUACCAGUCCCAGCUCCAAUCCUCCUUCCCGCUGGGCAGCAACUCCCAAUCCGAUUAUGCCUACAACCGAGUCCGACAGCCUCUUGGGGAACUUUUGGACGCCUUGAGUGACUUCACCCCCCACUUUUUGCCGCCCCACGAGACUCAGCCGUCGGUCUCGUUGAACUAUCUGGAAGGGGCCACGGACAUCAUCUACGCCUUGCCCCGGUGGAGCUCGCCCCAGAACAACAUCGAGCGGGAGGCCGCGUACGACGAAAUCUGCAAAGCCUGGAUCCUGGUGAUCCGGGAGGCGGCCAAGCGGGGCGGUGGCAUUCAGUUACAGUACGGCGGGUGGGAUCAGAAACUGGCGAAGCAUAACCAAAACUCCGGCGGGAAACUGCAGGCAGCCGUGAACGAGCUUGGUUCCAGCCUGGUGUGGAUGCAUGGGUCGGAGUCCCAGUCCUACGGCAGCCCCGGGAUGAACGACCUCAGUUCGAUCCGCGAGCAGUUGCUAUCGGGAACAUAUGGCUUGGGGACACCGGUCAAAGUCGGCCCCUGGUGA